GCUGUAUAACCCCGUGAGAAUGGCGGACGUCCAAAUCCAAAAUAAGAUUUGAAGAAAACCGUCCGCCGUUGGGUUUCUCAGGCAGACCUAUGCCAGCCCCUAUACAGACAGUAACUCGUUCUCGCUGUGUGACGGUGUGUUACAGCCCCUGGCUCUGUCAAUACACGUUUUUACUGGAGUAAUAAGCCCGGCCCGUCUCCGAUUCUUCAGCUUUCCAGCCGGUUGAGCGCGUUCAGCCACGAUCAAUUUCUCCAUAACGGGACUGUUUAUUCUGCGCAGUGAACGUUAACAGGAUUACAGUCAGAGUAAGCUAGACCGCCUCUCUUUCCACAUGAGUGCCACGCUAUUUCAGUCCUAUCCGGACUUGCUCUACCGGUAUGCUAAUUGCGGGAACGUAAACACGGUACACAGAAUGGCGAAAGACAUGGGCUCGCUCCCUGUGGCCGUCUGGGACAGCCAGGCCCUCACCCUGAGAGACGUACUCAUGCAGGUGGAUGUCCCCACCCUGGGGAAAAUAGUGAAGGGACAAUUUAUGAACCUGGGAGUGUCUAAGAUUCCGUUCAGGAGCCUACAACAAGAGGUAUUGAUUCAUUCUAUCAAAACAAACAUUAAAGUGUUGUCACAUAGUGUCCAACGGAUUGACGGUCGGGACGGUCGGGUACGGCUUCAGCCGCUGGAACAGAGACUGUCGAUCCCGAUCACAUAUCAAGGAUGGUUCGAACUGUUGUCGGAGGACGGACGGUCAGCUCGGCCUAUCGACAGUGUCCUAACUCUGGCCAAAGUGAAACCGAACCGCUGUCUAGUGAGACAGAAUAUUAAGGCGUUCAUGGCAGGGGAGGACGGUCAAAUGACGUACGAUAAGUCAAAAAUAGUUCCCGCGGGGGAGUCCCUGACCCUCAUGGGGGACAUCACAGUGAAAGCUCCGACGGGGGAACGUCGGAAAGUGUUAAAAUGUCGAGAUUCAAAAAAUGUGAUUUUGUUUUUUGAUCACGAACAGAGAGGAUUGUUCACCCUGAUCGCGGGGAGUCAGGAUGUGGCGGGUGUGAUGACCAUUAAAGACAUCAUUGGGCGCUUCCGCCUCCCCCUCACCGUCAAGUUAGUGCAGGGGGUGUGGCCCAAAGUGGACAUUAAUCGGUUCACGGGGACUAUCCGCCUGGACUGGGUUUACACGGACGAGGUGGCGUUUCUGUGUCCCCUGGACCGCGGAAUGUUCCGUAUAACCCCUGUACCUACUGAGAUUCUAAUGAAAGUCUUGCCAGCCAUGAAUUCCUCGGAGAUUUUAGAGAACCAGACUAUUAGAGAUAUCAUUACAAAAGUAAACAGAAUGGUGGCCAACUACAACAACACCAUUCACCUCAUCCUGACGGUGCCCGAAGCUGCAAUGGCCAAGAACAAAUCUCAUCAAAUGGUCAACAUGUUUUCGCCUAAAGAAAAUGUUAACGGGCACAGUCGAGUGAAGCGGUCGAAAAGUCGCGAGGACAUCCUAAUGAACGACGUGGACGAGCUGUAUCAGUAUCUACGCGACGGCAAAAUGCCGCCAAAGGAGAAAUUCCACUACGAUUCGGACGAAGAGAGCUUUUUUGAAGAGCCCGCCUAUGAGAAGUUAGAUGACUUCCGGUCUAGAUUACAGCGUCUGGAGCGGGGUGAACCGGGGAACCAGAGCAGCCGGUACCGCCCGGCCGAUCUCGCCAAACUCGGUCUACACAAAGGCGCCGAGAACCUCCGCUCUGUCGGCGACCACGAGCUGCAUAAACCGGAAACACCACCGGAAGUUCCGCCGACACUUCCACCGCGGAGGUAUACAAGAGCAGACUCUGCACCCUCAAUUCAGUUGAACCAAGUUCAGAAAUCUAGUCCCCAGAAUGCCGAGUCUUCCAGUGGGUCGAGUCGUGGAGGAGCGAGCAAGAAAGACACAAAGCAGACCAGUAGCAAGACAUCCUCCCAUUCGUCAGGCAAAAAAAACACUGUGCAUACGUUCUACUUAUAAAGGGAUAGUGAUAUUUUCAAAGGUGCCAAAAUUUUUCUUGUGUUACUUAGAACUUGACAGGAGUCGCAGGAUUAUUUAAGCAUUUCUAUAUUUGUUUGAAUUUUCAGUGAUAUUUUAACAUGUUAAUUGAUAUGAGAAUCUCCUUAUUAAAAAUAAAAACACAAAAUAAAAUUGUG